GAUCUGUCAAUAACCAUUGCAAAAAGGUUAACACAAUUGAGGAUGGGCCCGCCCCAGAACCACUUAAGUAUAGCCACAUUUGGCUUUAACAACUUUCGUUACAAACUGGCUGGAUAGCCUUAAUUGCCGAGGCCAUUGAAUCGAAAAGAAGAAGAAAUUUCAUGAGCUUCAUAUCAAAACAUUGGAAUUGUGUCACUCAUUUCUCUUUAAAUAUCCACAGCAAAACUUGCACAGUUAUCAUUAUGAGUGAACCAGAAAAAAUGGACAUAUCUGAAACCUCUGACCAAUCUAGUCCAGAUAACACAAGCGCUAGUCAUUUGAUGCCCUCCAACCCCAACGUAGAAUACGAUGCCGACGAUGAAAACACCAUUUUACCAAAUAAGGGUACUUCACUAGUCAAAAACGCUACCAACUCUCAUCCGUUGAUGUACUCCCCCACUUCGUCCAUAUCUCCUGAUUUUCCAGACGUGAUACCGAAACACAUCAAGAGGUACCCCAGCUAUGAAAAACAUUUCGUUCCGGAUGCACACAGUUCAAUGACUGAGGCGUUGGAUCUACACCUAGGGGAAUACGAUGAAUCAUUACCAGAUUUUCCCAGCAGUCCGUCAGCUUUAAAAAAGUCUAUACAGUUUGAUCUGCCUGUCGAGGUUUCUCAUGAUACUUUAAGCGAUAAUGAAAAUGAUAAGUCUAUCUAUGAAGCACAUCUGAGCUCCAACCUGCAAAACGUCUCACUCACCAUGAAUGAAAAAGAAGGUAACCUAAAUUUCCUCGCACAUAGCAAAAAGAGUAACAAACUUAGGAAAAUUAAGGUUGUGCCGACUCAGGAUAGUGAAGACAGUGAUGUUUCUUCUCUGGAUACAAAUUCCGACAGUUUGAAGUCUGAAAAUGUAUUUAAUGGAGACUUGGAAACUUUUGAAGACAAACUUGAAGAUGAAACUACCACUCCCGAACCCAUCGAACCGCUCAGCGCUGCAGACGAGCGCUGUCACGCGCGUUACUGGCAACGGAUGGUGCUACCAGGGGGCGAACAACGCACAAUCGAUAUGCGAGUCAUCGAACCCUACAAACGCGUGCUCAGUCAUGGGGGGUACCUCAGAGCUGGAGGGCACACCGCCAUUGUGCUAUUCUCGGCCUGCUACUUGCCAGACAGAUCCAGGGUGGACUAUGAUUACGUGAUGGAUAACUUGUUUUUGUAUGUCCUUUGGACGUUGGAGCGUCUUGUCACUGAAGACUACGUGCUGGUGUAUCUUCAUGGGGGCGCAACUAGGUUACCUUCAUUCGGUUGGUUGAAAAGGUGCUAUCAAAUGGUAGGAAGAAAACUCAGGAAGAACCUAAGCCAUCUCUAUAUGGUGCAUCCAACACUUUGGAUAAAAACUAUGCUGUUCAUGGCCAAGCCUUUCAUCAGUUCGAAAUUCUACAGGAAAAUAACAUUUGUCAGCACCCUUCGAGAGCUAAUGGUCAGAGUGCCUAUCGAGGCAGCCGCCUUGCCCGACAAAGUCAAGGCCUACGACAGCCUUCACGCUGGGUCCUAACUCGCAUGAAACCUCACUGGGUGCCUUGCCUCCAUACCUUCAUCGACAUUCCUGGAGCUUUACGGACUGUACUUAAUCAUACAUCGAAUUUCCAUAUACAUUCCUCAGAGGGAGUUCGAGUCGAGACUUUUUGGAGGUUUUUGAAGGUACACGCAUUGGUGAGUGCCUGUUGGAUUCUUGAGAGUACAAAAAUAUUUGUGGCGUUUUAUACGAAAUCUCGACUCGACUCCCCUUCAUGUUUACAGCGACGGCAAAAAGUGCGAAACAUCAUUAGUUUUUCUUGAAAUUCUUCAUAAUUUCUUCAUAUUCAGAAAUCCCAAACUUAUCGGCCAGGAUGUUUGCUUUUAUGAACGAUAGCAAAUAGUCAAAAUUUAAAGCUCUUUCAAUUUCGAUAGAGGUUUCCAAAAAUAGAAAUAGACACUCUUGAAAAUUGUUUAUGGACAUCCUCAAACUCAGCCAAUUGACACUUUUGAAAUCGGUCAGUCAUCAAGUAUUAUCAAGGGGAAUUUUAUACCCGUACGGUGAUUAACGCAUGUAAACUUUCACGGCUUGAGAUACCUGGUGUGAAAGCUAUUUUCCGGGUUUUUAAGCCGUGGUCUGCAAGUUUUUAAUCAUGGCGUUUCGUCUACUACUGCGGUAGAUAUUAUCAAAGGCAAUGGAUAAUGGUCGAAGUGCUCCAGUUGGUGCACAUCGUAAACACAAUUUCAAUCACUUCAACAGUUACCGCAUCUUCUUUGAUAAUGUCUACGGCAGUUGUAGACGAAAAUAGCAUUCAUACAUAUAAAAGGUGACUUAUGACAUGUUAAAAUUGAAAAUUAUGGGAAAAUUAAAUCUAUAUGUUUUCUCCGUUCAUUCAAAAUAUAAGAUCAAAAGUUGACAAGACAUUUUGCUACUUCAAAUGCAUUCUCAUUCCCAACUUAUUAGAUGCAACAUAUAUUUCAUAAUGAUUUCACUGAUAAUGGUGGCAAAACCUCAACAUUCUCAGAUAUAAUUAAUAUCAAUUAAAAAUUCUUCGAUCUACAGGAAGUAUAGAAUUUGGGAACCGAAAUAAAAAAUCACAAUUUUGUUGCAGUUAUUUCUCCCCAUGAAUUCAAAAGGAAAUAUUUUGAAAAGGGGAAUAAAUGAAAGAAGUGUUUCUGUGGCAAAACAUUCACAAAUAUCUCGUAAACUAAUUCGUGACUUCUCACACCAUUGAUUUAUAUCUUGUUUUCAUCGAAUUUUGACUUUUGGAGAAAAUUAAGUAAUUCAUCAAUUCAAAUUAAAUAUUUUAGGUGACUGAUUUCAAUAUUUUUUCAACGGCAGCACAUUCAAACUGUCAACUAACAGAUUUUCAAAUUUCACCAUCGCAUCGGCACCAUUGAUUUGGAAUUUGUGGGAAAUUCAAAAUAUUGGUGUGUUACUUUUUGAAAUUUACUUUUGCAAUUCACUCGGAAUUGGAGUUUUGCAAACGAAUGACGCCAAAUGUGAAAUGUUGAAACUGCUACGAGUCAAGGAUUAACGAGGUCUUACCUUUUAAUGUGCGUCUUACGUUGCUUCAUUCAAAUAGUGACACCAGAAAUAUAUCUUUCAUCAGAAAAUCCUCCAACGUGGUGUCUUUAAUGGGUUUUAAAUUUUUUGUUUGCUCAAAAUAUGACAUACUGAAAAAUUUUGUUGCUAAUUUUUUCUAUUUCAAAUUUCCUGCCAGAUCCGAGAAGGCGGUGCUGCUUGACAAUUAUUGGGAUUUCUAUAGAUGCAGACAGGAUUACUUAUACCGAUUUUCAUGUACAGAAAAAGAAAAAUAUCUUCUCAAAUAGCAGGCAAUUUAUGCUAGUCGCUGUAAUAGUUCAAUUUAUUCAUUUUUUUAUAGACAAACUGGUUAUUCUAGUUGCACGUGUGGUGGUGUAUGCAAUAUUAUUCACACAUACAGGGUGUUACAAUAGUUGUGGCUACACUUCCUUCUCUAUAGUGCAAAAAGGUGUAUUUUCCUGACCAAAAGUAGCAAAUCCAUUGACAUUAGUAUUGUGAUAGUGUAUGUUUUCUUUCUAUUUUAAACAUGUUCUCUUUAAGGUCUGUUAAUGAUAAUUUAUACUUAGAAUUAACAAAAUGUUUUACAGCUCUCUAUUUUAUUAACUAAGCCAUGACAUUCAAAUAAAAUGAACUGGGGUUCUGAAAUACUUGAAUGUAUGAGGUUUUCCUUCAAGUUGAUAUUAUAAUUCAUCAUAUCUUUAUGUGAUUGUGUUCUUAUGUCCUGCAUAAGGUUUUUUCUCUUCAGGAAUAAUAAAUACUAUUUGUGAUGCUUACAUUGUGAAAUCAUUCAAUUUUGGGACUUUGAAAUCUGGUAAUUUUAGCGAUUGAUUAGAGUUUUAGAACCUUUUUUUGAACAGGAUGAGAAUUUACAAAAAACAUUUUAGUCAUAUUCAGAUAUAAUGAGUUGAAUAUGAAUCAAGUAUCUACUCUAUCUAGUGCUAUAUAACGGUCAAUAUUAUUAUCAUUUUUGGUUGAAACUAAUCUAAAUUGCCAAGAGCUCAUUUACGUAUUGAAAGAAUGAGUUGGGCCCUAUAAUGGAACCUUGUGGAACUCCUAAACCAAUUUCCAUCUCAUUAGAGUUGUUUUUUCGACAUCUGGUACGUUAUACGUUUGUGUGAAUCAUUUUCACUGUUUUUUUUAAUUGAGUAUACCACGACUGAUAAAUUUGAAAGGUUAUCAAAUAAUUUUUAAUCGCGUCACCAAAAUGCACAAACUUUUGAUAAGCCGAAACCUGAUACACACCUAAUGGCAAAAACCACAAAUUGUUCCAAAGGAAUUUGUCUUCAAUACUAAGAUCAAUACAAUAGAUUUUUAUUUAAAAUCUGUAUAUUUUCAAAAACUUAUUGUUUGCAUUUCAAAGCUGAAUAUUCUCUAAAUAAGUGGAUCGAUUUUCAAAAGUGAAACAAUAGAGCAUCAUAAUCCCUUUUUAAAGAGGUAUACUUCACCCCCCCCACUCCUAUUGUUAUUUAAAUGGGGGGUGGCACCCCUAUUUUUUUGUAAAAAUUUAGGUCUCUUAAUAACAAACUUGACGUGUUUUUGGCAAUUCUUGCAGUACAUUUCUGAUUUCCUUCUUUGUGUUCAUUAAUAGUUUUUUUUUUAUUCAUCAACACGCCAUGGAUAAAAAUUUCAAGUUAUUUCAGAGCCCCUUUGCCAGUUCAACUCAUUAUUAUAUUUUCGUCAACUAUACCAUGUUCCCACAAUUUUUUUUUUGUAAAUAUGUGAAUGAUUUUCUUGUGAUGAGUGUAGAUCUGUGAGAGAUUAGACGAGUAAUUCUUACAUAAUAUACUAUUCUACACAUACAAAGAUGGGUACCUAUUUCGGCAGUAUUAGUCAUAUUUAUUUUUAGAUUUAUAUUGUUUCAAAUGUAAAUAAAUCAUAAAGGCUUCUUUUAUAA